GCUGGUUACAUAUUUAUCUUCAAUUUUUAUAUGCUAUAAUAGUUUGUUUUACUAAACAAUGUUCGAACAUAGUUAAGUCAAACUCAAUUUUUUUGGUAACAUCUUAACUUUAUUAAACUCAAUUUAUAAAUUCUAUUAAACUCAACAAUUUCAGUUCAAAUAAAAUAAACGUGUUUAUUUCUAAAAAAAUAAAAACAAAACAAGUAUAUAAUAUAAACAAACAUUUUUAUUUUUAUUAGCUUAAAAUUUUACAAAAAUAAUUUUCGCGCGUAAUAAAAACACACACAUUUUUUUAAAUUGGAGAACAUAGAUUGGGCUUUGAACAAAACAAAACAUAGAUUAGACAGGUUUCGUUGGAGGGUGAAAAGUUGUUGGUUCAUUUUAUAUAGGCUCAAUGGGCUUUUAGGGUUUUAGAACGGUAUUAUCAUUAGCAGAACAGACGCGGAAGAAUAGGCGCGUAACGGCUGAUUAUUUUAUUUAACUUCAAAUUAGAAAAAGGAAAUUUACUGAAACGGACCAGACGUCAAAGUGUCAGAUAUCACUCUGACACUCUCAAAUAAUCUGACAACUGUUCAAAUCGUUAGUUUUCUUUUCUUUUAUUUAUUUUCUUAUUUCUGAUAUAGAAAAUUCGAACAAGAUCAUAGAAUCCCGCUCCUCCUCCUCCUCCUCCUAUUUCAACAACUCUCUUAGCCAUUGGGGAUUCGCAAUUUCGUGUUUCAUGAUCUGAAGGUAUCUUCACUUCUCCACGUUGUCUGAAGUUUAUGGAUCUGUUAGAUUGUUCUGUUUCAUGAUUGGUCUGUCUAUGUUUUCAGACAGUGAUCGCUCUCCUGCUUUCUCUUUUCUUCUUGUUAUUUUCGUGGAAAUGUUAAGAAAUACAAUGAUCAAUAGGUUUGGUUACUUAUGGUACUUAUGUCCAAGGAUGAAGAACAUAGACUUCAUUAUAAUAAUCUAAUUUCUCAGUUUAAGUUUUUUUUAAUUAUGUUUACGUUCUGCAGGCUUGGCAAACCUGUUGAGAGUUUUUUUAAUUAUAAAACCAUGAACAGAGGUUCUUCAAGGCAACCUAAAGCUAACAAAGAAACAAUCUCUACUGCGAAAACACGACAAGGGAAUGUGAGAGUCACGAGAUCACGAGCUAAGGCCUUAGGAACAUCGAUAUCUCCAUCGAAACCCGUUUUUAAACAGCAACCAAAGCUUAAAAAGAGAAUGGCAUCAGAUGAUACAAGAGUUUGUCAGCAUAAGAGACGUGCGGUGCUCAAGGAUGUGACUAACACUUUGGCCUGUUUGGAUGGGAACAAUGUUAAGGCUAGCAAGAGCGAACAAGAUGUGGAUGCCGAAAAAUCGAAACUAGCAGAAGAUUUGUCAAAGAUUAGGAUGGUUGAAUCUGCUACAAACUCCAAAGACGGAGAUCAAAAAGAAAACGGUUAUGAUGUCACAGGAUAUCUUAAGCCUGUUGAUAUUGAUUCCAGUGACCAAGAUCCCAAGUUUUGUAGCUUAUAUGCUGUAAAUAUGUAUGACAGUUUUCAUGUUGCAGAGCUUGAUCAAAGACCUUCAACUAGCUAUAUGGUCCAAGUCCAGCGAGAUAUCAGUCCAAGCAUGCGUGGGAUUCUCAUUGAUUGGCUUGUGGAGGUACUUAGUACUUCAAAGCAUUUGUUAAGAGUAAGAACCUCUAUUAAUGCUAUUUCUUUGCAGGUUUCUGAAGAGUAUAAGCUGGCUUCAGAUACGCUUUACCUUGCAGUGAACCUUAUUGAUCGGUUCCUGUCCAACAAUUACAUUGAAAAGCGUAGGCUCCAGCUGCUUGGUGUCACUUGCAUGCUAAUAGCCUCGAAGUAUGAAGAGAUAUGUGCACCAAGGUUGGAAGAGUUUUGCUUCAUUACAGACAAUACAUACACAAGACUCGAAGUUGUGGCCAUGGAAACUCAGGUUUUAAACUUUCUGCACUUUCGGUUAUCAGUUCCCACCACCAAAACGUUUCUCAGGCGGUUCAUUCAAGCUGCUCAAGCGUCUGAUCAGGUUCUCCACACUGAGAUGGAGUCAAUGAAGUCCUUAGCAAACUAUCUUGCAGAGUUAACUCUUGUGGAAUAUAGUUUUCUAAGGUUCUUACCGUCUCUAAUUGCUGCCUCAGCUGUAUUUUUAGCAAGAUGGACGCUAGACCAAUCUAAGCAUCCUUGGAACUCAACUCUACAGCACUAUACUAGAUAUGAGACGCCUGCUCUUAAGAACACAGUGCUUGCAAUGGAGGAUUUGCAGCUCAACACAAGUGGAAGCAUCCUUGUUGCUAUUAGGAACAAGUACAACCAAGAAAAGUUUAAAAGAGUGGCAACACUAACAUCUCCUGAAAGUGUCACAACACUCUUCUCAAGAUGAAACCUGGCGUUGAGUUCUCCUGAUGUGACCAAAAGAGACAUAACCAAGUCAGAACAUCUCUCUGGCUUUCAACACUUGCAUCAGGUGACCAGUCCUUGUUUCAGACAUCAUUUUUGGUCUCUUCAGUGGUGGAAUAGUUCUCUAUGUAAGUUUUGCUUUUUCAUGCCAUCUCAUGUGAAAAUUGUAAAACCAAAUAUAAAUUUGACAUUGAGAUUGUAAUAAUUUUUUAAUAGUUCUAGUUCCUUUACCAAAGCAAGUAGUUCAAUCUAUUGCAAGAUUCAGUACAAAGUCAUGUCAGGAUCUGACUGUUGUGUCUGUUCUGAUACUA